AUGUCGUCCUCUGAGGCUACUGACGUUGCCCUCGAUGUCGCCACUCCGAUCCUCGACCUAGCUGGUGAUGCCCUAGGGCUUGUCCCCCUGCCAGGCCUACCUUUAAUUGCCAAGGGACUCGGCAUGCUCGUCGAGAGAGUCAAAAUUGUUCGGGAAAACAAAGGGGCCCGUAGUGCUUUCCUUUCUCAGGCAGACGAACUGAAGGCUGUUAUUGACGCGACGCCAGCGAAUGUGAAGGCCGUGGUCACCAGGUACGACGGCGCCGCGCAGGACAAGAAAGACCUGUUAGACAAGAUUAAGCACUCCGACGACCUGCAGAAGCGGAUAGAAAGUUUGAAGAGCACAAUUGACAAGCUUCAAGGACGCGCGGAGGAGCUGAAGGGCGGGAACGGGUUCAGCGGGUUCUUGAAGGGACUCAUCUACGGGCCUCGGAACCAAGCAAUCCUGUCAGACAUGAAAGAAGAGAUGGCAGGGGCAUUAGAGCUGUUUAAACUCGGCGGCUCAAUAUCUAUUGAGAAUAUCCUUGACAAAGUCGCGCAGGAUACGAAGGAAAUUCAAGACCAAAUGCGGGAAGAUCAGCGACAGCUACAGCGCCAACUACAAGAGAAUCAACGAGAGAAUCAAUGUCAACAACAGGAACACCAGCGUCAGCUACGGGAGAAUCAGCGUCGACAACAAGAAGCUGAGGACCAGAGAGUUAUUGACUCCAUUCCUCGGGCAGACGCAGGCUAUCGGUCGGUGGAUGAACUCAAGAGCGGAUUCACGCAAGGCACUCGGGAAGGACUAUUCGAAGAGCUAGAGCAGUGGUCAGCUGGCCGAUUUGCCGAGGACGAGCCCAAACGAGCCUGCUAUCUCACUGGCGGGGCAGGUCUGGGGAAGUCGUCGAUUUCCCACCAGCUGUGCGUCCGCCACGACUCGCCGGAUCAUCCUUCGCUCAGGCUCGGCGCGUCAUUCUUCUUCGUCCGCGGUGGCGGGAACCUCGAGGACGCCCACUUCGUCUUUUCGACUCUCACACGCCAGCUUGCGGCCUCCCAACCGACCCUCCGCCCUCACAUCGUCAGCACCGCACGUGAGUACCUCAAUCACGGCGACCGGCAGCAGAUGCAACACGCGUUCGGCGGGCUCCUUCGGAAGGCUCUCAUCGCCGCUCCCGCAGAUCAAGCCUCGACGCUGAUCGUCAUUGAUGGGAUAGACGAGUGCAAGGACAGAAGGCUAGUUCCCGAGUUACUUCGAUGCUUGUUCAGUCUCGUCCGCGAAUUACCGUGGCUGUAUAUCUUUGCCGCAUCGCGCCCGGAACCCCACAUACUGUCGGUGCUCGCGUCUCCCGACUGCACCGAUGUUCUUCACCAUAUGCGACUGGAGGAUGCAGCGAACAGGGACGGUGACGUCGAGCAUUACCUGAAGGAGACCGUACCGAAGAUACCCUCCUAUGCCGAUUACCUCAACGAGCACCCAGACGCCCUUGGACGCCUCGUCUCACGUGCGGCCGGCGUAUUUAUCUUCGCCCGGAUCACUGUGAAUUUCUUGGACGAACAUCACAGUCAUCCGAAGGAAUGGUUUGAGCUUGUCCUCUCGGGCGGGGGUCCAGCGGCGUCGCCCCUCGACGCGCUGUAUCUGCAAAUCCUACGGUCUGCAUUUCCCCCCGAAGACUUGUGCGCCUUACCUUCUGAACACAGGCGUCUGAUCUUCCUCCUGCGUUUUGUUGCCCUGGAAUCUUCCUGGAUAAAUGCCGAGACCGUUGCGUUUUACGAGCGCGAUCUGUCAGCCGACGACGUCUCCGACGUGGUGGACCGUCUGCGCUCUGUGUUGAUGAUCGACAAGGACGGAGAUGUGAUGCCCCUCCACGCGUCGUUCGGCGAGUUCCUUGUCGAUGAGCACCGCUGCAGCGAUAUGCUCUACCAUGUGGACAAGUCUGGAGGGCACGCUUACCUUGCAUGUGCUUGUCUAGCGACUAUGUCUUUUGAGAAUCGCACAUACUGCCUGCAGGAACCAUACGCGCGGCCCCAGCACGCACGCGUCAACUUCCAUAUCAUGGUAGGUAGCUGGUGGGGACAUGUCCAGCUUGCCAAACAUACUGUGAAGCUGGAGGAGCAGCUCUCUCAGUUCGUGCAAGAUAUUCGACUGGCAUUGCACAUGUGGAUCGUCAUAGAGUUUAGUCCUGGCUUGUAUGAUUAUGGUAUACGGUGUAUAUGGGACUAUCUUCAACCUUCCGGAGCCAGGAAAGCAAUAUGCUCUGAGUUCCUCAAAUUUGGCAUUUAUGUCAAACUGUGGCAGCUCAGCGUGCUCACGUCUCCAAGUCGUGCUCCACCACAAAUCGCCUCGGACGACAUAUCUCAGGCAAUCUCAAGGCUUCCGCAUGAGUAUCAAGACUUGCUUCCUGUCCUAGACCUCACUGUCGACGACAGCCGCUUGACUCGAUAUCAGGCCAUCAUGACAGACCUUUGGACGAAGAUAGGCCGAGAUGAAGCAACAAGGGAGCUGUGGUGCAAGGAUAUCUAUGUGGACAAGGAGCAAACUCGUUUGGCAGGUCAGGAUGCCGACCCUUCUCAGCCCAGCGUGCCUCUCCAUAGCCCAACUGUCACCACCCCGUCGUCUUCAUCCAUCACCUCUGUCACACCGAAGAUGGUUUCCGAACCCGCCCUGGACGGCGACACCGUCCCUUCUGCUGGAAAUGGUGGUACGGCACCAGUCGCUCCUCCUGACAGUGGACUUGUCGCUUGCCCUACGACCUCACGUAUUGCGAUCUCUGGCAUUCACACCAGACGUGCACCCACACCCGCAGACGAAGAACUGUCCUCCAUAUUUUCACCACCUACUCCGAGCUCUGCCGAAGAAGAGCCCACGGCACCUAGCGCGAGGGCCUUGGGAGAAGGUGAAAAGAGAGCUAAAACUUACUAA